GGGUCAUAUUCGGGAGAAUUCUUUCUUUUCCAUAACGAGAACGUGGCUUUGAACUAACGCUAAUUUUGAACUAACCGUUACUAACAGUUUUCUUUGUUUGCUGUGGAACGUUUAAUCCUUUUGUGUGAAAAGCUUUAAAUCUCAUCAUAACAACCCGCAAUCGGGGGAAAAUUCGUAAUAACAUCAAAAUCUGUGGGUGUAUUUUCUUUGAUCUGAGAAAUUUACACUGUUCAUAUUAGCGCUGCUAAUGCUAACACUAGCCCAGCUAACAUCCGCUGGGAUAAAGUUGUUAGAGAAACGGCUGGAGCCAACUUUUGGGAUCUUCGUUGGAAUCAGGAUUUUUCCACAGCUUUGCUACAUUUCAACUGGAAAUAUCAAAUGAACAGAAUUAUUUAAAGCCUGUUUUCUUAUCAAUGAGAGGUGAGGACUCAUGGAAUCCAGGGACUUAUGAAGCAGCCAAAAUGUCUUCAAUUCAGGGACUUCCCACAAAAAGAUCAGAGACAACCAUUGUCAUAACCAAGGUUCACAUACACCCUCUGUGUGAACUCGUUGAGUUCUGGGCUAAAUUUAGCCAUGAUGGGGCAGCAGACUAUCUUAGCCUGGUCAAGAACAUUCAGUCUCCUGGUAAUCUUUUCAAAGAGUUUGAGGGAAAUCCUGGGGAUCAGUGCUUGGCUCAGAAAGAUGGUGUCUGGUACAGAGCUUCUGUUGUGUCACGAAAUGGACCACAAUACGUUGUGUUUCUCAUUGACAAAGGCAUAACCUAUAGUACAAUCACAACAAUGCUUGCUUGGGGUAGGAAAGAGUACUUUUACUUGCCGCCUGAAGUGGAAUUUUGUGUGCUAGCCAAUGUCUUACCUGCGUCACCUGAUAACAGGUGGUCUCCAGUGGCGCUGGAGUUUCUAAAGUCUCUCACAGGGAAAUCUGUAGAGGUCCAUGUUCAGGACAUCCUGAUGCUGCAUCGAGUGUUUGUAUUGCACAUCCCUUACAUUGCACAACAAAUGUAUGAGAUGGGAUUUGCAAGGAAGUUACCUGCAGAAAUGUUCCAGGACUUUUUGCUUGCAUCACUCCAGUGUAAAAGUGGGCCCACACUACCUCUAGAACGUCAGUCUUUCAUCUCUUUAGGAACAGGUGAGAGGCUGCACAAGAAAGAGAUGUACAUGUAUCCAGAACUACAAGCAGGUACAGUGGAAACUGUUGUUGUCACAGAAGUCACAAAUCCACUGCGGAUUUUCUGCCAGUUGAAGGUUUUUUCUCAAGAGCUGAAAAAACUGUCAGAGCAGCUUACACAGUGCUGUGAUGGCAGAACUGCAACUUGCACUAUUGGCCCUGAAAUGAUUGGCUUCCCCUGCUCUGCGCGGGGGCCUGACGGUAAGUGGUACCGCUCGGUCCUCCAGCAGGUGUUUCCAGCUAACAAGGUUGUAGAAGUCUUGAAUGUAGACUAUGGGACCAAACAGAUUGUGCAAGUGGAGAAUGUGAGACCUCUGGCCUCUGAGUUCUUUAGGAUGCCUGUGGUGACGUACAACUGUUCCCUCCAUGGAAUCAUUGACAAAGGUGUUGGAUGGACCACUGCUCAAAUUGACUAUCUCAGGGCACUUCUUCUGUUCAAGACAAUCAUUGCUAAGUUUGAGUAUCAAAGCAUUACAGAAGGUGUUUACUAUGUGACGCUCUAUGGGGAUGAAAACUCCAACAUCAACAACUUAUUUGGUUCCAAAGAGAGUUGCUUACUGCAGUGUGAGAAAACACUAGGUGACUAUGCCAUCCGUUCACAUGGACACAACCGUAACAAUACCUCUGCACAACAAAAAAGGAUGGGAGGGAUGGAAGAAAACAAAAAGAGAUUGCUUUCACUGCCUGUGGAAGAUCUUCCUGUAAAGUCCACUCAUGUAGCGUUUGUACAGCAUGUAUCCAGUCCAUCAGAAUUUUGGAUACAAACACAAAACUUUGCAAAUGAGCUGGAUGCUUUGAUGGACAAAUUGGCCAGAUUGUACCAAAAUGAUUUGGAUGAUGAUGUGGUCCAAAACCCAACUGUUGGUCUCUAUUGUGCAGCCAAAGCUAAAGAUGGCGAGUACUACAGAGCUGUUGUAACACAGGUUGGCAAUAAAAAAGUGAAGGUGCAUUUUGUGGAUUAUGGAAACAGCGAGGAAGUGGAAAAUCGUUUCAUCAAAACUCUACCUGAGGCCUUUAAAAAGUUGCCGCUACUUGCACUCAAAUGCACCCUUGCUGAUGUUAGACCGAAAGUCAGAGAAUGGAGUCAAGAAGCAUGUGAGCUGUUCACUAAAUUGUUAAUGGAUAGAGCGCUUGAUGUGCAUGUGAUAGCCAAGUCUGAUGAUUGUCAUUUUGUGCAAGUGACAGACCCAGAAGCACAAGGAGAAAAAGAUCUUGCUAAACUUUUAUGUGCAGCUGGUUUUGCAGAAAAAGAUGAAACGAGGAGGCACUCAAAGGUAAAAAUGAGCUCACAGAUUGUUCCUCCUUUUAUGGCACAGUACAGUAAAACAUCUUUUCAGCCUCAGAACACUGUCUCUGGUGGCAGUGAACAAAACCUACCUACAUUCAAGGAGCAGAUGUUUUCUAUUGGAAGUGUUCUUGAUGUCAAUGUGUCUUACAUUGAAAGCCCAAAUGACUUCUGGUGUCAGUUAGUGCAAAGCGUUGGGCAUUUAAAGUUGCUGAUGUAUGACAUGGAGACUUAUUACAGAAAUAGUGAGUUCCAGCCUCUUGCAGAAACGGCCUGUGUUGCCCGUCAUCCAGAAAACGGCAUGUGGUACAGAGCUCUUAUUGUCCAUAAACACAAGACGCCUCAUGUUGAUGUGUUGUUCAUUGACUACGGCCAAACAGAAACGGUUAACAUCUUGGACUUGAGGAAAAUAAAACAGGAGUUUUUAACACUUCCUGGCCAGGCAUUUCGAUGCAGUCUCUUUAACCCUGUUGACCCCACAUCAGCCAUCAAUGACUGGACAGAAGAGGCUGUGGACAGGUUCCAUUCCUUUGUUGACACUGCUGCAAACAACUUUGUGAUUUUGAAGUGUACUAUCUAUGCAGUGAUGUACAGCGAGCAGAAGAUUAUGUUUAAUAUUGUGAAUCUGGAGACUCCUUUUGAAAGUAUCUGCACCAGUCUGGUCAAUUUGGUUCAAAGUGCUCCUUCUAACGUCCUUUCAGGCCCCUCUUUCCGCCUUGACACGUACUACUAUGCCACUCACAAUGUGAAAAUAGGAACUGAGGAGCAUGUCACAGUAACAAGUGUGAAAAAUGUCAGUCACUUCUACUGCCAGCUCAAACGCAAUGCUGAUGUACUUGAAGAGCUACAGCUAAAAGUAGCCAAUCUGUGUGAGCAACUUCUGACCAUAAAGAUCCCCUCGGUGUUUGGAACUUUGUGCUUUGCCAGAUACACAGAUGGACAUUGGUACAGGGGCCAAAUCAAAGCUACAAAACCAUCUGUACUUGUGCAUUUUGUAGAUUAUGGUGAUACUCUUGAGAUUGACAAAGCUGACCUGCUUCCAAUCCCAAAAGAAGCAUCAGAUAUCAUGGCUGUGCCCGUUCAGGCUGUUUUGUGCAGUUUAUCCGACAUCCCUGACAAUGUUCCUCCAGAAGCCAACAGCUGGUUUGAGACUAGUUCGACAGAGUGUGAUUUCAGAGCUCUCAUUGUAGCCAAAGAACCAGAUGGGAAGCUGAUAGUUGAGCUGUAUCAUGGCAAAGUCCAAGUUAACACUAAAAUCAAGAGGUUGUUUGAACAUGAGAUGGAGACAGAAGAGUCUAUAGCCAGAUCUACUGAGCCUACAGUGAAGCCUGCCUCAAAGAAAUCACUGGAAGACGUUAAGCACAGUACUUAUAACAAUUCUUUUGUUCCUAAAUCACAAAUGACAAACGAUGAGUCAGAUUCUGUGAAUAAAAAGAUGCGCCCUCCACCCAAGUCUCGCCAAAAUGUCAAAGGAAACCUGCAGCUGUACAGACCUCCACCUCAAAGGGAGUCAAAUGAUCAAACAUCAGAUGGGACACCAAAAUGUAAAGAAACAGGUCAUGCCAAGCAAAAUGGAGCAAAAUAUUCUGACCCACACCAUUUCAAGGCAAAUGGGAGGCCAAAAAAUGCUGAACAUUCUAAGCAAAAAGACAGAGCCCUGCCAAUUCAGACAAAGUCAAACAAACAAGACCACAGGCAACACACCCCAAGUCCUACCACAGAAAGUUGGAUUGAUGACAAUAGUGUUCCUCAACCUAAAAUAAAUAAAGUGCCAAAACUUGCUGACUUGCCAUCCAAAUCAAUCACAAGAGGUAUGGUUGCGGAUGUGUACAUCUCGCAUUGCAACAGCCCACAGAGUUUCUAUGUGCAGUUCGUGGAAGAGCAGAAUGAUAUUUUCUCAAUUGUAGAAAAGCUGAAUGAUCCAGGAACUUCCUCAAAAUCUGACACCAUCACAGAAGUGCAUCUGGGGGACCUUGUUCAGGCAGAGUACUCAGAUGAUUUGUUCUGGUAUCGUGCAGUUGUGAAAGAAAAACAAGAUAAAGCAACGGUUCUGGUUGAGUUUGUUGACUUCGGAAACACUGCAAUUGUUCCCGUUUCAAAAAUGCGUAAGCUUGACAAAACCUUCCUUACACUUCCUGCGUAUAGCACUCACUGUUUGCUGGAGAGUGCAGCUGGUCUAGAAAAAGUCUUGGACCCAGAAGUUGUGUCUGCUUUUGAGUCCGCUAUUGGUAAUGUUGGAGAAACACAGUUAAAGUGCAAGUUCAUCCAACAAUCGGGAACUGUGUGGAAAGUCAGUCUUCAGGGUAAUGGUGUUGAAAUUGAGUAUAAGCCAACUAGUGUGAAAAGCCAAUCUGAUGGCACUCAGUCACAGGUCAAAGAGCUUCCAUCUACAAAAGCGACAGACUCUUGCUCUUUACGAUUCAAGCAACAAGAUUUUCAAGAUGGACAACAGCUUGAAGUGUACAUUGCAUCUAUAACUGAUGCUCAGAGAUUCUGGUGCCAGUCUGCAGACACAAGAGAGCUGGACCGGAUAGCUGAAAGUGUUGCAAAAGCAGGGAACUCUGCAGAUCCCAAGAACCUUGAACUUCUUUCAGUUGGCAGCCCUUGCAUUGCUUUAUUUUCUGAAGAUCAACAUUGGUAUCGAGCUGAAAUCUUGAACAAAACUGGAGAUGAAGUGUCACUCCUGUUUGUUGAUUAUGGAAACGCCUCCCAAAUCAAACUUAGUGAUGUGAGACAAAUACCUCCUCAACUAAUCCAAACCCCAGUGCAGGCUUUUUUAUGUGAACUAGAAGGUUUCGAUUCUUCCAAAGGAUCUUGGGAAACUAGUGCUGCAGAUGAGUUGCUAAUGCUCACUGCAGACAAACUUCUAAAACUGACAGUGAGCAAAUUAACCAAGGAAGAUGCUAAAACUAAAUGUUAUGUGCAACUGGAGUGUGAAGGUCAAGUGAUCAAUGAGUCCAUGAGAGAGUUUUGGAAGAGCACAGGGUCAGAAGUUUUAAAAGAAUCUGAAACCUCUAUUGAGACUCAACCUUUAAGUCAAGCAAAACCUGUUAUUGAGGAGCCAAAGAAAGAACAUACUGACAUGGAAGUCUCCAAACCAAGGGAAUCAGUUUCUAAGUCCUUGGAUGAAGUUAACGAUCAGAUAUUGGCAGAUGAUACUCAAGUCAGUCUGGAAACUUUUUGUGUGUCAUUGGUUGUGCCAUCGGAAGAAGUUGAAAACCACAUGUGCAGCACAUCCUCUGGGUCACAAAUCCUUGAGAACCUUGACGUUAACAUCUCUGCCAUAACAGCUGAACCCACUGAUGCCUCCACAUAUGACAUCACCGUAGAGGAGACUGUAUUUUAUUGCAGUGAUGAAAGUGAAGAUCUGAGUUCAAGUUAUGAGGCAAGACUGAUGGACCAAGACCUAGAAGAGCAAGGUUUGUCAGUAUUGGACACGACAGGGCCUGAAGAUAUGGUGUCCCCUCUGGACGAGUGUUUCCUGGAGGACAUGGAAGAGUCAAGCUUCACAGAGACACCCUACGAGUCUCCAUCUAAAGAAGUAGAUGACGACCCAGACACCUGCAAAUUUUCUGAUCAAAACCAGAAUCCUGACACUACAGAUAUGGAAUACUGUCCUCCCAUUGUGAAGAGAGCAGCAAGCUUGGUUCUUUGUUCAGCUCUGAAUCUGACAGGCAAAAUCAGUCCAGAGCAAGAGACCCCAGAUGACUGCUCAAGAGAGUUGCUGCAGUUGCAGAAUGAAGAUUUGUUUUUGGUUCCCUCAAAUGAUUUGCCUCAGGAUUCAUUUGACCAGGAUAUGGAAUCCUCAGAGAUUGCAAUUACUGAAACUUCACGCUCUGUCAGAAUAACGUCAGCUCGAAUGGUGCCACGUUUCGCUUUUAAUCUAACAAGCAACUCUGAUCCUGACCAAGAGAGCAGUAAAGAGUUUCAACGGAACCAAGAUGUGUUACCUUUGAGUGUAGUUCCUUCUCAAGAUCCAUUAGAUUCAGACCGGGAUACUCAGACUCCAGAGGUUGUCGUUCCUGAAAUGACUUAUUCCAGCAAGACAUCAGACAUAAAGACGGAAGAUUUUUCCUUUCUACCCUCCAGUGUUGUUUUGCCUCGGGAUUCAUCUGAUUUAGUCCAAGAUAUCGAGACAUCAGUGGCAGUUGUCCCUGAGCUGUGUGCCAGUGUGAUGUUAGCAAAAACGAAUGAAGAUUGUUUGUUGCUGCCCUGGAAUAAUGUUACUCCUUGUGAUGCUUUUGAUUUAAAUCAGGAUACUGAAACUCCAGAGGAAAUCAUUCAUGAACCAACUUCUGCCAGUGUGUCCCCUGUGCAAAUGUGUGAAGAUGAGUUACUGCUGCCCUUGAGUAUUGCUUUGCCUGAUGAUUCAUUUGACCAGGAGAGAGAGUCCCCAGAGGUAGACAUCUCAGAAAAUGCUCCUCACAUUCUAACAUCAGAUACAAUGAGUCGGGAUUUACUCUUGCUGCCCUCAAGUCACAUUUUCCCACAGGAUUCAAUUGAGAAGGAGCUUGACUCUAAGGCUGGUGGUGAUCUCCUCUGUUCAAGCAGCAAGGAUGAGACCUUUGAUUUAAAGACUGACGUGGCAUCAGAGCUGUUGGCCUACUGUGAAGAGAUAUUUCAAGACUUGUUUGGAACUGGUGAUGCAGCAGCCACAGAGUCUCAAACAUGCAGUGUAACCCCUGCAGAAAAGGGAUACGGGGCUGAGGAGGCGACACAUGUUUUAGAUCUCUCCACAGAUGAAAAGGGUAAAAUUGAGAACCUUUCUGAAGCAAGCACUGAGCACCUGAUCUAUUUAACAGAAGAGGAAACGGUGGCUGCACUGACAGAGCAGAUGAGCUGUGUGGUAGAAGAGGACAGUGCCACAGACUUAGAGGCCACAGGAGAGUCUGCAGCUGAAGAUGAGAGCAGCGAGUCUCUAGAGGGCAGUCUGAAACAAAUGGAGGCGAGAGAAAGCAUUGACUCCGGUGAUGACACGCUGAUGGAGUACUUUGCUGAUGACAGUUUGGAGGCCCAGCUGUCUAAAGUCACUCACCUCUCUCUCAUCAUUGGGGAAGGCACUGCGUUGGAGCAUCAGCCCGAAGAAUAACAACUCGUAUGACAGUUAUUAACUUAGGCAUUUAGUUUUAGUUAUACAUUUGUCAGUUUGUCCAAGAGUUGUUCAUAUUGCUAAACAAAUUUAUGGUUCUAUAGACUUAACAGGUUUUCGAAGCAGUUCUGUUAAAUUUGUCCUAAUAAGAGAUUUGUAGAAACUGAAAAAUAUAAAAAUUUGAUUACUGAAUCUUUAGUUAAUAUUUAUCAAUAUUCUUGCUGACUUGGAGAGUUCUGUCAAUCCAAAAGCUUGUUGUUCUGUGUGAAAAAAAAAUAUAUUACACAAUUUAUGUUUGCACAAUAAAUAUUUACAAAUCU